AAUGGAGCUGAAAUCAUCUGAAACCCCGCGGCGUCUGUGACUGAUCCGGAAUCAUUCGCGUUUCAGAGGCGCAUUAGGAUUUAAUAUACAGUUUAUCCGACACUCUGUGCAUUUGAUUUAUUCUAGAUGUUGCUUUUUUCGGAUCUCAGUAGGCUAUAUUUAAACCCUGAGCUGGAUUUAUAUUUCUGUGUUCUGGAAUGAAGAUGACUGUGAUGAUGUAAAUCUUUAAAAAUCAUUUUUUAAAGCAACCAGAAGAUCAUAUCGGGAUGCUUUUGAACUUGUCUGAUCCAUGAAUAGUAAUUUUCACCAUGCAUAUGGCGAUGAACUCAAAAUGCUCGCUGUUUCUGUGUGUGAUCGAUACUGAUCGAUAUUAGCGCAUGGGUUUCAGGGCACGCUGCUGUCACUUCCUAAUACAGUAUGAUUGUGUUAAUGUUUGAUAUUUCAUCUAUGCAAACAGAAACACACGCACUGACCUGCACACUGAGGAUUUGUAAAAUCUCUCAAACACUAAUCUCUCACAGACUUGCACAUUGAUCCGGACCUGUUUGCUCAGAAAUAAACGCUUUUGGCAAUAUUAAAACAUUAAUUUUAGAGGGAGCGGAUUAUCAGUUUGGGUGUUGCUGGGAUUAUUUUUUUUUUGCAGUACAAGAAUCUGCCCUGAAAAUGAGGACAGACACCAAACUGGCCUUGGCCAUAUUCCUCGUAUCCUGUUCAUCAGGUGCGAUUCUCGGGCGCUCGGAGACGCAGGAGUGUGCGUUUUACAAUGCAAGCUGGGAGAAGGACGGGACGAACCAGAGCGGAAUCGAAUCAUGUCACGGAGAGAAAGACAAGCGACGACACUGUUUCUCCACCUGGAAGAACCGCUCAGGAGCCAUCGAGAUGGUGAAGCAGGGCUGCUGGCUGGACGAUGUUAACUGCUACGACAGCAGUGAGUGUGUGGAGCGUAAGGAGAAUCCCGACGUCUUCUUCUGCUGCUGCGAGGGAAACAUGUGCAACGAGAAGUUUCACUACAGUCCAGAGAUGAUUCAGACCACGUCUAACCCCGUCCCUCCGAAGCCGGACUUGUUUCCCACAUUGCUGUACUCUCUGAUUCCCGUCAUGGCUGUCGCCGUUAUUCUCGUCAUCUCGUUCUGGAUGUACCGGCGUCUGAAGCUGUCGUACCCGCCGCUGCUCGUGCCGUCACAGCACGCCUUUCGUAUCAUGAUCGAGGAUCCGGGUCUGACGCCUCCGUCACCGUUGUUGGGUCAGAAGCCGCUGCAGCUGCUGGAGCUGAAGGCUCGCGGGCGCUUCGGCUGCGUCUGGAAAGCUCAGCUGCUCAACGAACACGUGGCUGUCAAAAUCUUCCCUGUGCAGAAUAAACAGUCAUGGCAGAAUGAAUAUGAGAUGUAUAGUUUGAGUGGAAUGAAACAUGAAAAUAUCCUUCACUUCAUCGGAGCGGAAAAAAGAGGAAAUGGAGUCGAAAUCGAGCUAUGGCUCAUCACAGCGUAUCAUGAGAAGGGCUCGCUGACGGACUUCCUGAAGGCAAAUGUUGUGUCGUGGAAUGAGUUGUGUCUGAUAGCGCAGACGUUUGUGCGCGGUUUGGCGUAUUUACACGAGGACAUUCCCAACCUGAAGGACGGACACAAGCCUGCCGUUGCACACCGAGAUAUCAAGAGUAAGAAUGUGUUACUGAAGAGUGAUUUAACUGCAUGUAUUGCUGACUUUGGCCUGUCACUGAAGUUUGAAGCAGGGAAAUCUACAGGCGACACACACGGACAGGUGGGAACGCGGCGCUACAUGGCUCCGGAGGUGCUGGAGGGAGCGAUCAGUUUCCAGCGCGACGCGUUUCUGAGGAUCGACAUGUACGCCGCGGGUCUGGUGCUGUGGGAACUGGCCUCUCGCUGCACAGCGGCCGACGGUCCCGUGGAUGAGUUCUGUCUGCCGUUUGAGGAGGAGGCAGGUCUUCAUCUGUCUCUGGAGGACAUGCAGGACGUCGUUGUGCAUAAGAAACUACGGCCGAUAUUCAGAGAGCACUGGCUAAAACAUACGGGUCUGGCAAUGCUCUGUGAGACCAUAGAGGAGUGCUGGGACCACGAGGCCGAGGCGCGUCUGUCUGCGGGAUGCGUGGAGGAGCGCAUCAUCUCAAUGCAGCGCAACACCAACCUCAUCACCCCCGACGACAUCCUCUCCGUCGUCACCAUGGUUACCAACCUGGACUUCCCCCCUAAAGAAUCCAGCCUAUGAUGCUGUUCUCUCAGCAAAUCAGAAUGCAGCGUGUGCGAGAGAACACCAGACUACGAAUGACUCGAGCAAAACGAGCGCGGGAAUAAUUCAACGACUCGCACUUACACACGGAGGAACUCAAGAGAUCAAACACACACGGACAUCUCUGUUUGCACCAAAACCUCUUUUAUGCGUAAAGGAAAGACUUUUGUGUUUUAUAUGAACAGCAGCUCAUAUGAUUUUAGUAUAAAAAGGGCGAAACUCUGGACUGCGUUUGCUGUUUCUUUUCUGCGAAUCAUUACAGUCAUGCCAAUAUGAGACAUGGAUGUAUGCUGAAAUAACCAUGAACCUCCCUAAACAGGUAUACCUCAUUUUGAUUUCUCGUGCUUUUUUCUGAACAGCUGCUACGGAGGCGAGACGAGUAGCUGUAACACACGCUAGCGUUUCUGCCUUUCACAUUUCUGCUUCAUUUCAUCGCAGCCUUCACUGCUCUUUCUAAAGGGGUCGUAUCAUGAGGAAUCAACGCUCGCUUCACUGAAUCACAAAAACCAGGGUCCAAUAUUAACUUCUGCCAAUGGUGGAUGAAUUCGGAUAGUUUACCACUCGCCUCCAUAUUCAUCAGACUACACCUGAUACAUUGUGUUUUUCAUAUUUAUCUUUUAGUGGCUUUAUAUGAGAAAUAAUCCAGCAGCUCGAGUGCUGGAGAGUUCAUUUUGACCCUACACUGCAAAAACGACUCGUUCUGCACUUCAGCUUUCUGAUGUGAACUAGAUUAACAUCAGCGUGUUAACAUGUUUAGUGUUGAGAAACUCGGGCCACCGAGUCGUGAUGUCAAACUAUGGAAGCUUAAAAAAAAUGUAAAAGGCAAUUGCAACUAAAUACGGAUU